UCUGUCUAACCCUUUUUUGCCGUGACCAGUAGAACGUAGGUUGUUCCAAGGACGAAAGUGACAGAUCCCUUCCAAUAUGUUACGGUCGAAGGUUUUGAUUCAAGGGGUAAUGCCAACAAUGAAGGGUGCACUAGAAUUACAGUAUAUGGUCAGAUCAUGUGGUGUAGUUCGUAUGUUAUGUGCUCCGAAUGCUGGCUGUGGGCAAAUUGUCCCAAAAAGAAGAGUUUCGAGCACUGGUAAAAGCAGCUCUAAAGGACACAAAGACUUGGUCUGUAACACGAGAAUCAGAGGGAUUGACAUUACAAGAGACCCUAAACUUAACAAGGGAAUGGCCUUCACACUGAAGGAGCGCCAAGUAAUGGGUCUCCAGGGUCUCCUGCCCCCAGCAAUCAUCCCACAAGAUCAGCAGGUUUAUCGAACAAUGCAGAACUUUUACCGAAGAGAAAAUGAUCUGGACAGAUACAUCUACCUUACAGCUUUACAGGAGAGAAAUGAGAAGCUAUUCUACCGUGUCCUUACAGAGAAUGUAGAACUUAUGAUGCCUGUGGUAUAUACACCUACCGUGGGCUUGGCUUGUCAGAAGUUUGGCUUGAUCUACAGGAAACCUAGGGGCCUAUACAUAACAGAGCACGAUAAAGGGCAUAUUUAUUCUAUCCUUUGCAACUGGCCAGAAACAGAUGUAAAAGCUAUUGUGGUAACAGAUGGAGACCGUAUCCUGGGCCUGGGUGAUCUUGGGGCCUAUGGAAUGGGGAUUCCAGUGGGAAAACUGUCCUUGUACACGGCUCUGGGGGGCAUCAAGCCACACCAGUGCCUUCCCAUCCUUGUGGAUGUAGGAACUAACAAUCCUGAUUUGCUUGAUGAUCCACUGUAUAUUGGUUUGAAACAACGACGAACCAGGGGAGAUACCUUUUAUGAUCUGCUUGAUGAAUUUAUGGAAGCAGUCGUUAGGAGGUAUGGUCAAACUUGUUUGGUGCAGUUUGAAGACUUUGGCAACCAAGAUGCUUUUACUCUUCUGGAAAGAUAUAGAAACAGAUAUUGUACUUUUAAUGAUGACAUCCAGGGUACUGCAGCUGUAGCUGUAGCCGGGGUAUUAGCUAGUCUAAGGAUCACCAAAACUAGGCUCUCAGACAAUGUGUUCCUGUUCCAAGGGGCAGGGGAGGCAUCCAUAGGUAUUGCCAAUCUCAUCGUGAUGGCUAUGAUGGAGGAAGGGACGUCAAGAGAACAAGCUCUGGAAAAAAUAUUUUUAGUGGACUCCAAAGGACUCAUUACAAAGGAUAGACCAUCUGGUGGCAUCACUGAGCACAAGGCACCAUUUGCCAAGAAUAUGCAGCACAUAGGGGACCUAGGACAGAUUGUCAAGGCUGUCAAACCCACUGCACUGAUUGGUGCUGCAGCUAUUGCAAAUGUUUUUACUGAAGAUAUAAUUCGUGACAUGGGCUCUUUUAAUGAGAGACCAAUCAUCUUUGCACUGAGUAACCCCACCAGCAGUGCAGAAUGUACAGCUGAGGAGGCAUAUAGAUACACUGAGGGUCGCUGUGUGUUUGCCAGUGGAAGUCCAUUUGAUCCAGUGACAGUGGAUGGGAGAACAUUCUUCCCUGGUCAGGGCAACAAUGCUUACAUUUUCCCAGGAGUUGCACUAGCCACGAUAGCCUGUGGCAUCAGACAUAUAUCUGAUGAAGUGUUUCUCAAGUCUGCAGAGUAUCUAGCUGCAAUGGUGGACAACGAGCACCUGGCUGAGGGCCGAGUGUAUCCUCCAUUGUCUGACAUCCAGAAAGUGUCCACAGAAAUAGCCACCAAGCUGGCAGAGUAUGCAUACAAGAAAGGGAAUCUUUGUGCCCACUAUCCUGAGCCGAAGGACAAAGAAGCCUUCAUUAAAUCUCACCAGUAUUCCACAGAUUAUGAAAGCUUCCUGCCAGAUAUUUAUGAUUGGCCAGGGCAUGAGAGUCAACUGUAAAUUCUUGACCUGUCAUGUAACAUUGCCAUUAUUGGCUUGUGCAAGGUUUGAGUGCAGUUCUACAUUUAUUUCUAUGUUUUGUUUCAAGCACUUUUUUCUGGAUUAAGCAGACUAUCAAGUAAUAAAAAAAACAAAAACUUAAAGCUAGGUUUGUUAUGUGAGAUUCGGUUGUGCUUAAGAAUAUUCAGGAAAAUUAGAUCCCUAUUUCUUUGGCAUCUUCUGGAAGGUUUUGUUUAAAUCUCAUCUUAGCUUUGCCGCAACUGAAACUGUCAGCAUUCUUUACUGGCUCUAUGGCUGCGCCUAAUCUAGUAUUUCUCAAGAUAUUAAUAAUCAUCCCUCCCCCCCCCCCUCCCAAACACACACACCAAGAAACAAGAAACAUAUUAGAAAAACACUAUUUUCCAAAAUGUGUGGAUCUAAUUUUCAUGCCUUUCAACGGAAGCUGUCUAUAGAUCCAAUUAAACUUUAACUUAGUUGGCUGGAAACAAUUAUAUUAAUUUAUUUCAUUUAAAGCUGGCUCUUUUCAUGUUUUAAGCUGACGUUUCAUUUCUACAAGCAGAAAAAGUUUAUUUUGAGAUGCAUUAUCAUAACAUUUCACUUUUUACCAGAAUUUAACAGUCAUUUUCUCCCGUUUCUGCAAAAUAUACACCAACUAAUGUAACUUGAUGGCUUUGAAUCAGCAUUCUUGUAACUUUGUUGUGACAACAAUGUGUUAGGGAGGCAAGAAUGCUCAACAGCAGUAAGGUAAGGUGUAAUUUUAUAAAUAAGGUUUUUUUUUAAUAUCCUUAUCAUUAACAAUAUUUUGGCUUGCGUUUACCAUUUCAGGAGCUAGUUCAGUACCAUUUAUUUAAAACAUUACAAGAUUAUCAGAAUAUUUUGAAUUAUACAAAGAAUUUAUUGCCAAUUUUUAAUUUAAUUGCAAAUUUUUUUUCUGGCUGAUAUUUCCAUGUAAAGGUCAUUUUCUCUAUAUGAAAUUGUUACUGUACAAGAUGUUAUAUUUUCAAGUACGUCUUUUUAAAUUAAAAAAAUAGUAUUUAGGAUUAUGUCCUCAUACUUGUUGUACGCUAUAGACAGUAAAACAUUGAUCUGACCUAGUCACCUACUGAUGAUUAGGUUAUAAUUGUAAAAAAUGAAGAAUUAAGGAAUAGAUUUUAACCAAAGAACUGUGUAUUUAUAUGAAAUACAGUUUAUUCAAGGUCAAAAUUUCAGUCAUCAGUCUUUUUUUCAAUUACCUAAAUUGUAUUAAAAUAUAUAUAUAUAUCAAAGUAGUUUAUGCUUGUAUUUUCAAGUGUUAUUUUUUUAAUAUUCAGUAAACAAUAUUUAUUUCUGAGUCAACUAAUAACAACCUAUCAAGAAGAAAUGUGUGAAACUAAUGUUUGUUAAUUUCAAAACAAUUGUGAUUGCACCGCAAUUUUUGCAGCACACUCUGCUUUUGUAACUCGCACCAUUUGAUAUUGACUAUCAUUUGUCCACGGUACACAACUGAACAAUUUGUCAUGUUAAGAUUUAGUGUGAUGGCCAUCCCUGUCAUGUCAAGACAAGGCUAGUCAUUAAGGCCACUUUCCUGGUGAAGUAUUUUGUCAAUUCACAUUGUGAGAUUAUAUGACAUUAUUCAAGGAGUAAAUGUUCAAAAUGUAGUCUAGUAAAUUUAUUUAUAAGUUUUCAGCAUAUGUGAAAUAGCAUUUCUAGACCACAUUAGAUGCUGUUAAGUUUUACAGGUGUUCAUUUUUAAGUUGAAAGCAGGCAGUCAACAGGUAUUCUGAAUUAGUUUCAUUACAAACAUAAUGUCUGCUGCAUGCAUGAGUAAAUAGUUGCUUCUCGCUGUUGUGAUGCUACUUUAAUUGGUAUCAAUGCAUUGUAUGAAUGCCACAGUGUCAAACUCACUGCUCAUCAUUGUAAAGAACCAAGAUUAAUAAAGUAAUACUAGAUAUUUGAAAAAGUCAACAAUAAGUUUUGUUUUUCUUACAGAACACAAUCCAUACAUAUUUCUUUACAUCGUUACUAUUGAGUGGAAAAAUCAGUAUGGUGGAGGAGAUUUUGCUUGCCAUGACUGAUGUACAAGUCUGCAAUAAGAAGACCAACAAGAAAACCAUCACCUUAAACAACCAAUGUUUAUAAUACAACAAUGGAAAGGAACAGGACUUGACAAAACUGGAAUGAAAGAA